CCUCCAUGCCGGGCGGUGGCGGCGGCGGCGUGAUCGCAAGAGGUUCCGUCUACUUCCACGGUUCCACCCCUAAACAAGAGGAGAGGGUGAUUCGUCGGGAUCCCAGUUCGAGAAAGAAGAUGAGCUCGGACUUGGACAAAUCCAAGAACAAAAGGGCCAUGGCGGCCGAUCCGGAGGAAGUCGAGGCGAAGAAGAGGAAUCCGAGGAGGGAGGAGGGGCAGGAGGAAGAAGAGAAAAAGGAGUCGCCUGCCCUAUUGCCCAUGCCCGGAGGGAGGCGUGGUUGCUUCAUCGAUCCCAGGUGGCUCACUGCCAAGAUCGCAAAGGACAAACUGAAUGCCGCAAAAUUAGCAGCCCCCCCUCCCCCGGUGAAGAUUCCUACGCUAGAGCACUUUAAACCCCCUACCAGGUUUCACACUCAAGCGCUUCUCCCCUUGCGUGAAUCUGGAAGCAAGGCGGCGCUUUCUGCUGCUAAAUCUCUUGUUGGGAUUUCAUCAUCUCUCGGUUGCAAGCCUCUAAAACGGUGCUCUGGUUUAUUGAUUGAUUGGGAUGAGGAGAGCAAAACCUGCGUUGUUCUGACAACUGCACAUCUGAUUCGCACAAAGGAUUCUCCUAUCAAUAUCUGGUUAGGCGGAGAAGAGUAUACUUCCAAUGCUGAUGUCACUGUUCAUUUACUAGAUGGCACUAGUGAAAAGGGUCAGCUGCUGUACUACCAGCCACACUAUGAUCUUGCUUUUGUGAGGGUUAAAGUGGACCACCCUAUCCAGUUGCCUUCUUUCAGUGAGGAAGUGACAUUUGCUGAAGAAGUUCUUCGGCUAGGAAGAGACAAUAUGUUAGAUCUACGGAUAACUUAUGGUAGAGCUGCAUAUCAGAAUCCAGAUAUUGAUGAGCGGUAUCAUUACAUGUACUUUGAUUGUGCAGAUGAUGAUAACGACGAUGAGGAGUAUGACAGCGGAGGGCUAGUCAUUAGCUUGGAUGGACAAAUUGUGGGAAUGUUCAACAUUAGCUCGAGUGGUUCUUUCAUACCUUCUUCUAUUUUGCUCAGUUGUGUGGAUUUAUGGAAGAAAUAUGGGAAGAUCCGUCGGCCCCAACUUGGAAUGACAUUUGAGGCCAUCAAGCUUCUAGAGCCUGCUCAUGUUGACAAGAUAUGGCGUGCAUGCAACAUUGAUGAUGGUCUUGUUGUUCAAAAGGUUUUGAAAGGAUCUCCUGCAGAUAAAUUUGGGAUCGAAAGAGGUGAUAUUAUUGAGUGUUUCAAUGGAGAACACAUUUCUAAUACUGUUGAGUUGGAGAAUAGGUUGAUGAGCAUAUGCAAGGGCCUUCCAGACAAUCAAAAUGAAGUUCAUGUUUCUGUUGGGGUGUUUCACACGCUCAAAAAACAGCGUAGGAUUGGAGAGUUGACUGUAAUUGUAUCCGAUCUUGGAGAAGUUAUUCCAAGAGGUCCUACUGUCUCAUGAACUGGCUGCCAGAAAAGGGAUGCCAGGCUACUAGAUGCCCAGGCUACUAGAUAUUAGAGAUGACAUUCUAUAAUUUGUAUAUAUAUGCAUAUAUGAGUAAACUGCACCAACGGCCAAAAAGCUUUUCGGGUGUGUCAAAUAGACACACCACAUUGAUCCGUUGGGUGUUCUUCCACAUUGCAAGUGGAGCUCCGAGUGCAUUCUUCAUUUGUGCUGUAUCUUGGGUGAACUUGAUCCACGGAAUAUUUGGUAACUUGAACUUUGUCCGCCGCACA